AUGGACCCUAAUAUAGUUAUAGCUGGGACAUCAAGAUCACACGCCAUGUUUUCCCGCAAGCUCCUCGUGGGUUUGCUUCUGGUUCUCACGUGUGCUUCCACGAUGCGGGCAGCACAGAUUGGAGGAGCCGACACGCAAACCUCGUCUUGGUUUGUGCGAACCUUCUCCGGGAUCUCAGAGGGCUUUCGUCUCGCACGUAAAGCGAUUCUCCCUGAGGCACCCCAAAGGCUGCCAACCAAAACCAAGCUGAUUUCGGUCGGCUUUGCUCGCACGGGUACAACAAGCUUUGUCACGGCCUUGAAGCAACUCGGGUACACGCCCUGCCACGACAAUGAAGUCAUGGAAGUUGCGGAUUUAUUGGCACAGCGCUUCAAUGACACGCACCCCAUGCCCGUAGGCGAUUUCCUGCAUGAGUUUGGAGCGCGGGGCUUUGAUGUCCUGUUUUGGUUCUCCUACGAGAUUGUCGAUUGGGUCGUCCAGCACCCCGAGGUUGACAUCAAGUUCGUCCUUACGUAUCGCGACAGUGGCCGCAAGUGGGCCGAGUCUUGGGCUUCGGUAGCGCACGGGAUGGACAUUUUGUCGUCACGACCCUUCAUCUGGAUCGAAAGUUUUCAUGGCGUUUUGAAAGCCUACAAGCACCUGCUCUGGGGGAUUCAGACACAGGGACGGCCUGAGUUGCGAAGGGAUGUAGACGCCUUGGAAGAGAGCUACUACAAGCACAUAGAGCGAAUCCGAGCUAUGAUCCCACCGGACAAGCUGCUCGAAUUCAACCUCAACCAGGGGUGGAAGCCUCUGUGUGAGUUUUUGGGCACACCGGUGCCAGACACCCAAAUGCCACACGUCAAUGAUCGCGUCGUCAUGCAGGCCUUGCUAGCCACCCUGGGGAUGAUCACGUGGAUUUGGCCUGUGGUUGCCCUGCUCCUGGCCUACUGCCUUCUGGUAGUGGUGCGGCGGCUGAUUGGUUUUGGGCCAGACGAGAACACUGCCAAGAAGCGACUGUAA